GAUGAUACCUAAUAUUUGGGUUUCUUUCUUUCUUACUUUUUCUUUUUUUUUUUGGUGAGAACCCUAACCUAACCCCAUUGGGUUCGUACUGCGCCCGCCUCACUGUCAGGAAUUCAGGCAGGAUUUGCUCCUUGGAAAGGAAACCGUAGUCAUAUAGGCUUUUGGCUUUCGCCUUUCGUCCUCUCCAAACCCCAACGCGGGGGGUAGAUCUCCGUCCGUCUAUCCGUCUCGUCACCAUGGUUCAGACCAAGAACCCCAAGAAAUCCAAGCCCAGGAAGCAGCACGAUGGCGGGAAGAAGCAUGGAAAACAGGAUGCUGUAGCAGAAUUUUGUUCUCAGCUUGAUGCCAUGGGCUUAAAAAUAAUUCAAGUGACAGCAGAUGGCAAUUGUUUCUUUCGGGCUCUGGCUGAUCAGCUGGAAGGCAAUGAAGAGGAACACAAAAAGUAUCGUGACAUGGUGGUACAAUAUAUUUUGAAUCACCGUGAGGACUUUGAACCAUUUAUUGAGGAUGAUGUUCCAUUUGAUGAAUAUUGUCAGUCCAUGGAAAAGGAUGGUACAUGGGCAGGCCAUAUGGAACUACAAGCAGCUUCUCUUGUUACUAGAAGAAAUAUCUGUAUUCAUCGACUUAGGUCUCCUCGCUGGUAUAUAAAUAAUUUCAGCAGUCAUGAGGCUAGUAUGAUUCAUUUAUGCUAUCACGAUGGUGAACACUACAAUAGCGUUCGGUUGAAGGAAGAUUAUUGUGAAGGACCUGCUAAGCCAAUCAUUAUUAAGGUGGAUGCUGAGAUCUCUGCAACUGGCCAUAACAAAAAAGUAACAGUUAAUAAAUCAAAAGGGUCCUCUCAUAAGCAAACUUUUGAUGCUCAAUCAGUUAAAAUGGUUAUGGCUGGAACAGGAUGUCAGAAUGUUGAUAAGGUUGAACAGGUUUUACGAGAAGUAGAUGGUGAUGUUGAUGCUGCAAUUGAAUUUUUGAUAGCAGAUCAGGAAUCAGAUGAUAAUGUAAAUGCCUCUGAAGACAAUGUCAAUCAUGGAGAUGAUCAAAAUGAAAUCUGUGGACGACCAGAGACUGCAUCAAUGGAUACUGAAUGUGAAGUUGGUGUAGCCAGUAGCAACACUCAACCUGUUCAAAGCCACAGUAUUCAGCAUGACGAUAAGAAAAUAUCAAGAAAUAAAGAGUGCCCUUGUGGAUCAAAAAAGAAGUACAAGGCUUGUUGUGGUUCAGCUAAGGGGAAAUCCUCAGCAUCACCUGUAAUCAAUGACAAAUCUGCUGCCAAUAAAGGCAGGAAGGGAACAAAGCGCAGCAGGAAAAGGGAAAACAUAAGAGAAGUACCAGGCAAUGGAUCUGGACCUCUGCCAGAUAUGGGAGCUCUUUGCAUUUGAUCUUGUGGUAUGGCACAAAAAGAUGCACUGAACCAUGAGCGCACAUUUACAAUCCUAUAUUUGCACUUCUGAGUUGAUAAUUCUACACCUGAUCUCGGCAUCAUAAUUUGGUUGGAAGAGAAUAGCUAGCAGAUUCAGUGGUAGGAUGAGGCCUCAUGUUGAACCUUCAAACCUGUCACUCAGAGCAAUAUGGUACCCCAGGUGAUGUUUGUUAUUUGACAAUACAGAUAUGAUUUGUUUGUCACGCCACCAAACAUUGUUUUUCUUUGCAGGAGUAAAAGAGAGACAAUUACUAGUAUCUCCCAAGGAAAUGAAAUUCUUUCAGAUGCAUGGUUUCACUGGGUAUUUUUGUAUGAGCUAUUCGUCACCAGCUGAAACUUUGGUUUACCAGUAAUGUGCAGUGAGUAUUCAGCAGUUAUUAUGGACCACAUGCUGUUGUAACCAUCUGCAUGCUUUUCUUUGGGUAAUUACUUAUGCAUCCUUAGCUGUAUAAGCAGUGUGCCUGGAUCGGAUGCAACAUAAUUUUCAGUUAUGGUGUUUGAUUAAUAAGGUAGAUAUCAUGCCACUUUGGAGCAUUCUACAAUGUACCUUUAAUAUUUAGAUGCUCUGAGUAACGGAGGAUGCAGGAUUUGUAAUUUAUAGGUUUUGAUGUGAUGAAAGAAUGCAUGGUUUCAGUUACAGAUGUGGACGUGGUAAACAUGUGACAAUUAAUGCAGGCGUUAUAACGUAUAUAUUUCCAGGCAUGCGC